UCUUUCUGGCAAAACAAAAAGGACAAGUAUUAAACAAAUUUGCAGCUAGUUAACUGAACUAAACACUGUUACUUGCGAUUAUUUGCUAGUACGAAAUGUCCCGUCGUCAUACUGAACACAAGAAGGAAAUGCGUGAGGAGCAGUUAAUGUAUACACGCGGAUCUCAGUCACUCAAUUGGCAGCGGAGACGCAGCCCGACUAUGGAUUGUGGCAGCAGAAAACGCUCGGGAAGAACAACAGAACGAUCAGAUGAACGCAAAAGUCGUAGCGAGCGACGCCACCAUAGGGAGACCGAGUUCAGCUAUCGUUCCAAGGAGCGCGAACGUCACCAUCGCUAUCAUGACUCCUCCAGGCGCAGCAAACGGAUUCGUCGCUCAGAUUCACCAGCUACUAGCCACAGGCAGGAGAAGGACGAGCAGUCAAAGAAUGGAUCUGCGGUGGGGGACUACUACAACUUGGACACGGACGAGCCCUUCGACAAGGAGCGCUUUCACCGUGAGACGCAGGAGAAGCUACAGAAGCUGCGGGACUCCAUAUCAAAGGAGAGCAAAGGGCCUGCUCCAGCCAAGCAGACGGCGAGCGGCUGCUGCUUCGCCAACGAUGGAUCUUUCUUGGAUACUUUCAAGAAAAUUCAACAGGAAGAAACUAAUGUCGCCGCUCCAUACAUUAUCGCAGCGUCCAUGGGCGCGCCAGCACCACCGCCACUUCUCUCUGUGGGUCGUCGUCGUGGUGGCAAGAUCCUGAAGACCGGACGGGUGCCCAAACCGAAGGAUGCCACAGAGAAGACUGUGGAUCCCACGGACUUUUGGUCAGUGUACCAGGCCGAGGUGGACAAGUACAAGACUUCUGGCUGUGACACAGAGGAUGGCACUCGCAAGUUGGUCAUGUGAGACCAAUUGGCAGACCCUUCCACAAAGAAAGUUAUUUCUGGUUCUUCUUUAUUGAUUUUGAUUUGUUUUUUUUGCUUUAUUAUAAUAUAUUUGAGUGGAGGCAAAUGUUAUUCCGUCGA